CCACUGGCAAGUAGCAGGCUGCAGCCUUUGCUAAAGUCCAAGGUAGUGUGCGUGUGGCUGUUGGCGAAGAGAUAGCGAACCUAGCGAAGGAAGGGUGGACUUUCCCCGUCAAACCCAAUUCAUCCCCGGUCCAUGUGCUCUGCUGACUAAAAUGCUCAUCAAGGAAUUCCGUGUCACUCUGCCCCUCACCGUCGAAGAGUACCAGGUGGCACAACUGUACUCUGUGGCUGAGGCGAGUAAAAACAACACAGGAGGUGGAGAAGGUAUAGAAGUUUUGAAAAAUGAACCAUUCACGGAUUACCCAUUGCUCGGGGGAAAGUACUCGUCAGGACAAUACACGUAUAAAAUCUACCAUUUAGCGAGUAAAGUGCCAGCAUUUAUACGUCUGUUGUUGCCGAAAAACUCAUUAGAAAUUCACGAGGAAGCUUGGAAUGCAUACCCCUACUGCAAGACAGUCAUAACUAACCCUGGAUACAUGAAGGACAAUUUCAUUAUCAUGAUUGAAUCCUUCCACAUCGGAGAUGUAGGAAACCAGAACAAUGUGCACGAAUUGCCUGCAGACAAACUUAAAAUUCGGGAAGUUGUUCAUAUAGAUAUUGCUAAUGAUCCAAUUGCAAGCGCCGACUACAAAGCAGAUGAAGAUCCUAGCACUUUCCAUUCCCAAAAAACUGGUCGAGGGCCACUAGUUGGAAAAGAUUGGAAGAAUAAUGUUCAGCCUGUGAUGACUUGUUACAAAUUAGUAACUUGUGAGUUUAAGUGGUUCGGUCUGCAGACCCGGGUCGAGAACUUUAUUCAGAAGGCUGAACGACGCUUGUUUACCAAUUUCCAUAGACAAGUGUUUUGCUGGAUGGAUCGUUGGUCGGGAUUAACAAUGGCUGAUAUCCGGGCUCUUGAGGAUAACACUAAGGAAGAAUUGGAUAGACAACGACACCAAGGAGAGGUGCGAGGAAUGCGGGCUGAAGAUUGAGACUAAGUGCUCACUUAUAAAUAAGGUUAAAUAAUUUCACUAUACACACACAUAGGUAUAUACAGCCAUACUUGGUCCUUGUGAUCGGGACCCUUUUCAGAUUUCUUCUGUCUAGAAUACAGCAACGCAUGUAUUAUUAUUAUUACCACAAUCUUAAUUUAUUUAUAUUUACAAGUGUUUUAGAUGGAUGUAUCUACUGUCAAAGAUUACUAUUAUUAAUAAUAUUGAACAUCAAAUUUGGGGGGCUCUAUUUAAAUGAUGAUUGUUUCAGAUGGGGUUUAAUGAAAACUAAUAUAGACAAUUGAAUAAUAUUAAAAUUAAAAUUAAAAUUAAAAUAAUAAUAAUAUUAAUGAUAGAUAACAUAGUAGCUGCAUAAUGUUAGUUAUAAACGUUCGUUAACAAGCAAUUAACAAAUACUUGUUGCAGAAGGCUUGUGUGAGCACAGAGUGCUCAAAAGUUGCUGAACUGCAUGAAAAUCGUAGUCAAAUAUUGAAAAAAGGAAACCUGCCGUAUAGACAACCGACAGCCUGGUCAAUUCAUAGUAACGAAAAAAGUGUUCAACUAAUCUAAAAAACAAAUAUUAAUCAUAAAAAUACCGUACCAAUGUUCUGCAUAGGACGGUCGUGAAACGAUUCGUGAGCAUGGCUCAAUAAAUAUGGCUCUAGUUUAAUAUUACUUGAAUUUAUUAUUUGUUCUCAUUUUGAUCAAUAUUAUUCGGUUCAGAUUAGAAGGAAAGUAAAAUUCAUAACAAAGGUUUUAUUAUUUUUAACAUGUUAGUUUGCAAAAUUGUUGACUUGAAGAAUUUCGUCUAGCUUGGUGAAAGAGUUCAUUGGUAGAAGAAUUGUCAGUCAUGACUCAUGGUCGUGGUCUCUUUUUUGGCUGAAAGUGUUAUCAUGCAGGAAUGUAGGAUGCUUUCUGAGCGAGUGUGGAAUACAGUGAGACCAAUAUUUGUAAUGCGAGAUUUUCCUGUUGGGGAUAGGCGAUUGACUUGAAAAGUGAGAUAAAUACUUAAUUAAACGUCCUCGUUGUCUUAUGAUACAAUGUCUAUAAAUACGUGAAACUGUCCGAAAUUAGAAUAAAGAACGUAAGAAACUUUGAGAGCGUGAAAAUGCUGAAAUAUGAAGUUUUAUGUUACCCAUAUGAGUUCUCUUUUGGUACAAGAAUAAUUCUUCCUUCUACCCAAACGGGAUCUUCAUAUCUGACGGCGAAUAAUUGUUAAUAUUCACACAAUUUCCCCCCUGUACUCGUUCGCUUCUCUAGUGGCUUGAGUAUAAUUGCGAUGCUAAGGGAAAAAGAGGCAAAUCUCUUGUUUGCAUCUUACCAAGCUAGUCAGUUAAAAUGUAUGCACUGGCAUAGUUUUUUUUGGCAUUUGACUACGAUCUAGAUACCACAUUACCAUUACGAGUUGUUUCUUGAAGAUAUAAAUAUGAAUUAUUCUAUGUAAACUGAAUGAAUUGGGAUAUAUAUAUAUAUAUAUAUAUAUAUACAUGUAUAUAUACAUGUAUAUAUUGUUUAAAAUAUAUAUACACUAUAAAUAAAUAGUUUUAGGUAUUUGUCAAUAAAUAAUGUGGAAAUAAAUUAGGUGAAUCGAAUUUGAGCAGCUGUGAGCAGAUGAAGGAAUGGUGUAUUGUGUAUAUACAUAAAUCAUACAGUGAAUUUCAAAUGAUGUUGAACUCUGAAUAGCGAGUUGCUUGAAAUAAAAGAGAAUGUAAUAGACGUUUGAUUGACACGAAAAUUGUGAAUAUUCAAAUUAUGGUUGGAUAAUUGCUACAAGUUAUACUAAUAGAGAAGAAUCACAUAGGAACGUCAUCCUCUGAUUACGCAAAGCUGUAUUAUUUUUGUGAUCAUUUAUUCAUUUAGAUGUUACAUUAUUGAGAUAAGAACAUCUCUUGAAAUGCUAUACAAUUUUAUAAAAUUUGUUUCAGACUUCAUAGUUUAUCAGAUAAGGAAGUUGGGGCAUAAAAAAAAGAUAAAGCCUGAUACAUUAUCUACAUAACAUUUUUUUUCUUACUAUUCGUUCGAUGGCUAUAGCCCCCAUGGAUUCAGGAAAAGUUUUUCUGACAUAAGAUUUUUAUUUACCAAGAAAACAAAGUGUCUCUCUAAACUUUUGACGCAUAAGUGUGGUGACUAGUUGCAAAAUGAUAUGUUGUACAAAUUAUUGUAAAGUUUGAAGCAUAAGUUGUUGAUUUAAAUAUUUCAUCGUUUGAAUUUCACUGUGUAUAGUUACAAUUUACUUUCGUCCUAAUUCUACCUAAUUGUUAGUUAGGAGCUAGUUGUUACCCCUAGACAAAUGGGAAGAAUAUCCUGUAGCGCUGCCAAAGGCCCUGAAGUGAGUACCCGUACCCCUGUAUUGGACAAGUCACAAGGUCGAUACGCGAAUAAAACUAGAAUAUAUUACAA